CUCCCUCAGCGCCUCCUCCCCACUCUCCUCUCCCCGCCAAGUGCUCGCGCGCGCGCCGCAGCACUCGAAGAGGCGGGGCACUGGGAGAGGGCGGGCCUUUCUGGGAGGCUCGAAGGCGGCGUUGCCAAGCAACGCGAAGCUGGCAGGAGGCGGGCGCUGGGAAGCGGGAGAGAGAGUGUGAGUGAGCGCGCGCGGGAGGGCGCAGUUCGCCAUGGGAACCGGUGGUCAAUUCAGUGAGUCGCGCGCGCGGGGGAACCGAAUCGGGCGGGUUCAUUUUGCCUUUCCAUGCACUUCUCUCUCUCUCUCUCUCUCUCCCCCGCCCCCGCGCACACAACAAAGCGCCUGGUUUUGCCCCCUCGCAAAUGUUACAUGGUACAUAAUUUUUAAGUCCUGGGUUUCGAACGCCACUUGGAAGUCACACACGCAUCAGACCCCGAGGCUAAAUCGCAGGUGCACGGGUUAAUUUUUUGGUGGCGCUGGUGUACUCUGCGCAUGGUCAGAGGGCAUACCGCAGUCUCGGCCCUAGAAGCUCCGGUUCGAAUUAAGACACACCCGCCUUUCCCUUUUUCGCUCACCUGUCGGGGGCAAUUCCUCCGACGAGACGUGGGGAAGGAAAGGGACACCCUCGCCCUCCAGAUUUCCGAAGGAGGGGUGAGGGGCAGCCAUGGUCACAGAAUCGUCGUCGUCGUCAUCAUCAGAUCACUGACCACCAUCAUAAUAAGCUGAGAGGGUCCAUAUAGUGCUGAGGAAGUUCACUCAGGAUCGGGGACCUUCUAAAACGGGAUAAGUCACCAGUGCGCCUAGUUUUUCUUCUUCUUCAUGUCCUACAUGUGUGAGAAUCUCGCUUUGUAAACAAAACGUCCCUCCAGACUUAGAGGUUAAUCCCUUUCCGUCUGUGAACAAGGCAUUUAUUUCCACAGUAAUAGGGUCAGGAAAGUCCUUUUGACCUUAGCAGGACUCUUUGCUAGGAUCCUGGCAACAGACUGUUGGCACAGAUUGAUAUUGGAGUAAGUUUUAGGCACUUCUUGUUGGCCUUUGUCUGUUUCGAGAGACAAUGGAGUGCACCUCCAGGGGGUGAAGUCAAACGGCUGCGUUAGGACUGAACUGACGCCCCCCAGGGCGCAAGUCUGGGAAGUGUGUAUGGAGGUCCUGGGAUGUGGGUGGCACUGUGGUCUAAACCACUGAGCCUCUUGGGCUUGCCAGUCAGAAGGUCAGCAGUUCGAAUCCCCACGACGCGGUGAGCUCCCAUUGCUCUGUCCCAGCUCCUGCCAACCUAGCAGUUCAAAAGCAUGCUAGAUACAUAGGUAUCUGCGGCGGGAAGGUAAAUGGUGUUUCCGUGCGCUCUGUUUUCUGCCGCGGUGAUCUGUUGCGCCGGAAGCGGUUUAGUCGUGCUGGCCACAUGACCCAGAAAGCUGUCUGCAGACAAACUCUGGCUCCCUCGGCCUGAAAGCAAUAUGAGCACUGCAACCCCAUGGUCACCUCUGACUGGACUUAACCAUUCAGGGGUCCUUUACCUUUACCUGGGAUGUCCAGAUGAUAAGACCCCCCCCACUCUUGGCCUUGCUGCUGUGGUCCAAACAAAGGCUGUGCAAUGCAUUUGUGGCACCAGGUUGGCUGCAGGAGUUGCCAGAAGGAGGUGUACAAGAUGCUAUCCGACAGUCUUCGUGACUCCACACUGGAUUUGUGUAGGGUUUACUCCUGAGCCUUUUCUUCUCCCAAAGAUAUCCCACAGAGCAGUGGAGGUUCAGGAUUAGAGUUUUCCUUCUUCUAAAUUCCCAGGUGGACAAGUCCCAUCUGCCCAUCACUUCCCUCUCUACAGCAUGCGCAGAAACCACCUUGUUGACCGUUGGGCCCAGUAUCGGUCUUAUCCUCUCAAUCUGUCAGAGCCUGUCUUCACAUGCAGGGGAAGUCCCUAACUCAGCAAGGGUUUGAGACCCAGUCGUAGCCAUUGUGUGGCCACUGUUGCAUGCUGACAGCUUCUAGGAGCCCCCAAUGAGAGUUGAGUGCACUGACUUGAGCUUCUUGGGGAAAACGCAGGUUAAAAACAUACAAAAUAAAUGUCAUUAUGUUUCAGGGAAGACUUGCCAAGAGAUUUGUUGCUACCAUUAUACAAUGGGGGAAACCAAAACUAUGGAACCUCGUAAGAUUUUGCGCCAGGUCCUGUCACACUGAGAAUGUUUGUGCUGUUCUGGAUUUAGAAUGUGUUUUAUAAAAACCAGAUGACAGAAUGAAGGGAAGUUGAUGGCUUGGUCCAGCUAAAAAUUUAUAAAGGGGGAUAUGAUGUUAUAAUAAUGUUAAAAAUGGAAAAGCAAUAAAAAUAUUAUAAAAAAUAGAGAAUGUUUGUGCUGUUCUGCAGAGCCCAAGGCAGGGCAGAGCAAACUUUUUAAGAAAAGUAUACAAGAUGACCCCCCCCCCAAGUUUGCUUUCUCUUAUCCUAUUUUGAGCCCUUGUUAGUAAAAGUUUUCAAUUGCCUGGAAAUGUGUAUGUAUGUAGCCAACAGCAUAUCUGCUUGUUUUCAAAUGUUGGAUUAGUGGUAUGUGUAGACAUCAGGCAUCUCUUUUUUUUUUGCCUCCUGUUUCAAAUCAAGCCUCUCAACUGUUUGGAGCCUGGCCAAGAUCAGGCAAAGUGUAGAAGGUGCCCUUCAUAACAAGAGGCCUUUGAAAGCUUCUGGCACUGUGCUUUCCCAUAAAGGUAAAUGUGGGUAGUAUUAAAAAUCAGCAUGAGAUGUUCCUCUUAAGAAUAGAACCUUAAAGGAUUAGAUUGUAGCUUCUGAAUCUCUUAUUUUUGAUGGCUGAAUGAGGCACAAGUAGUAAUUAUUCUGUGGUCCCCACAAUCUCCCAAGCCUGGGCAUUUACUCCUAAUUUAAUCAUUUAUUCCAGAAAGCAAGAGUUUGAAAGAAAGAAAUGGAGCUAACCAGUGAGCCUUUGCCUCAAGAAAGUAGAAGCGAGACCAUUCUCCAAACCAUCUCAAAGGUCCAGAUUUCUGAAUCAGGAGAGUUCAAACCUGACCCAGGUAAUUAUUAUUCAUUAAAUUUGUAUACUGCCCUUGAUCUGUAAAUCUCAGGGUGAUUUACAGCAUACAAAUACACUACAAAAACACUGAAUACAUAAUAAGAACAAGAACAAAACAAACCAGUAACACACACCCCAACCUCCCACAAACACAUUUAAAAGGACCUAGGAUGUUAGUCAACCAAAGUCCUGGUUGAAGAGGAACUUUUUCACCUAGCACCCAAAUAUAAUGAAGACCCUGGUGCCUAGGCUGUUCGAUUUUUCAUUCCAUAUCCCAUGGAUGGAAUCAUUAAAAAAAAAUCUGUUCACAGUAGUUGGCUGGGGCUGAUGAGAGUUGGAGUCUCACAACAUCUGGAGAACAGAUUCCCAUCUCUGCUGUGAAGUAACACUCCUUCGCACUGCAGCUUCUGAGCUGAAUGGAAGCAUAUUUUUUAGUAGAGAGGUGAUGUUGCUGCUUCUUUACUUCAUCUGUUGCGGUGUAUAAGCAAUGUAUAUAGCCACACACAUCCUUUUUAGUUGCAGCCUCUAGCCCACACCCAGGGUGAGGAUGAAUGAAGGGAAGAGAUGGUGCUUGUGCGUUUGUGUGAAUGGAUGUGUGUGUGUGUGUGUGUGUGAGAGAGAGAGAGAGAGAGCGAGCAUGAAUGAGGAGUAUCCCACACCCACCCACUUCUUGCUUUGGUCCCACUUAUCGCCACCAGUAUUGCAGCCCUUAGCUCUGAAAAGGCUGUCUACCUCUGGCUCGUGGGAUCUGCUACUACUUUCCUAAACACAUGGAAGAAAAGAACCUCAGGUUAACAAGGAGCUUUGUUCCUUGAUCUUAAUUUUGCUUCAAGGUCGGAUUUAUUUUCCAGGAACAUUUUGAAAUCAUUCAGGCACAUUGACACAAAGAGGGCAAUCUGUGCAUUGUGUGCAUGGGCCUGCUUUCAGGAUUGGGCCCCUCAGGUGCCAAGGAGUGUUGUAGAUUUUUUUAAAUAAAAAGAAUACACACACGGUGAAUGCUGGGUUUGUUCAGCAAGCAUAUUUCCUGGCAGAUGGUGUGGUCAGCUUUGAUAUUCCUGUGGAUAUGGCUGUUGAAGGUAAGGGGGCUGAAUUUUGGCUCUCCUUCUCCCCAGUUUAAUCAGCACUGUAAAAAUUGACUGUGCCAUCUGUAUAGCUGGUACUCGCUGGCAGAAACUGUUGUGUACGGUGAUCUUUGGAUUGGGGCCACUUACUCUGGCUGCAAGCCCCAAGUUGUAUUUCGCAGGAUGCAUGCAGACAAUAUCAAAAGAAGUCCGAAGAGUGUUUAAUGCAGCUUGUAGUGUAGCAAAACAAGAACUACGUCAUCUCAUAGGUGAUGAUAAUGUAAUGAAGAUUGUUUCAACGUUUCAGGAUCAAAUACUAUUUUUGUUUUUUAAACAGAGAUUUACAGUCACGAGCAUCUGCUUUCAAGGGCUGAAUUGUUACUGGAAAAGCGGAUUAAAAAUGGAGAUCCUUUGGCCUCUUUUCUCAGAGGGCAGAUGUAUUUUGAAGAGGUGGGACUUUGCGCACACACCAUAUACAUACAUGAAGAAGUUUGAAAUUGUGUUGAACAAGUAUCAGUGUUGAAAUGUGGGAUUAAGAAUUCAGAUGUCAAUAUGUUAGGAAAAUUCACAACCAUUUACCAGGUCAGAUUGGUGUAAUAUGCUCAAACUGGCACGUUUUCUAACUGCUGUAAGGGGAGAAAAUUUAAGGGGAAUCUUCCUGUCCUGCCAGGAAGAUGCAGAAUUUCAAGUUUAUUCAUGCUUUUAUAUUGCUCAGGACUUAUAUUAUUCUAUUCAGGCUUUACAUCUUUAUUUUUAUUUUACUGAUUUCAAUUGGGCCCAACAAUUUAAGGGGCAAUCCAGUGAUUUGCCAGAGAGAUUCAGAAUUUUAUGUUGUUGUAUGUAGUUUUAUUUGGGUCAGUUUUAUUUAUGUAAACUUAUGUCAUUUUUAUGCAGAUCUGUAGUUUGCUAACAUUCAUGCUUUGUGAUGUCCAAUGGCUAGAUACAAAUGAAGAAAUUGAAAUCCAUUUAGGACUCCAACCAUUUGUCCAGUGAUCCUUUGUGGCUCAGUGGGAACCCCGAUAUCAACUCAGGCUUGUCCAGUGACCUCAGUGAAGGAAACUGCUCUCUGUACACAGCCCAUCACAAAAGCACACACAAAGUUUUGGGUUCAUGUGACUUGUUCUUUCCAGUGGUUUCUUCCCAAGAACCUCUCUUCUGUAGUGCUUGCAUUUUUUUUUAGGGGAGCAAGCAGAGAACCUGGCCCGUUUAGCAGGAGAACAAAAACAGCCAGUUCUUAUUCCAAGGUUCUCUGCUGAAAGUGACACGCAUCUCUCAUGGCUUGGAUCCAGGCAUUCCACGUGUUUUAUUAAACAGUUCGCAUAAUUUCCAUAUUCCAGGAUGUCUAGUGACAGUUUCUGGAUUGGAUUUUAUAUUUUACUUACAAUAUUUUAUGUUAAAAUGACACAAUUGUAUCCCAAAGGCUUCAGUAGCUAGAUUUAAUCCUGAGUAUUUGAUCUCUCGUCGUUUCUUGCACAGGGAUGGUAUGAAGAGGCACUGCAGCAGUUUGAACAAAACACAGAUUUUCAGUCCAUGUAUCAACUAGGCGUAAUGUACUAUGAUGGACUGGGGACCCCACCAGAUCCUGUAAGUUGCAACCAGAUUGGUUCCCCCCUUUGGUUAUUCAUUAGGUAACAACUUUUCUUACUUAAUAGCAUGAAUUUCAAAGAUGCAGAUUAAUAAGCAAAUGUCUGAAGCAUAACAUCAUUGGGCAGAGCAAAUCGGUGGAGCCAGAAAGCAGAGGAUGCUUCUAGACUGUUAGCGUUUUCAGGUGGCAAAUUCAGUCACUGAUAAAGUCAGGUUGUGCAAUCAUAGUUUAUUGGGGGGAUCUUGCCCCCCCAAAACACCCAAUUCUGAGAGCGCUGUGCUUUUUAUUUAUUAAAUUUCUAUACCAUCCAUCUGAGAAUCGGAGAACAACUUACAAUAUAAAAAACACAAAAAUGCAUACCAUAGUAACAAACAAAAGCAAUAACCCAGCCCCACACAAUUUAAAAAGCCAUAGAUUGUUUUGCCAAAGGCCUGGGAACGAAGAGGAGGGCUAUCCAUGGAAAAGGUGGUCUAAAAUAUUCUAUGGCCUCUGAGAGGCCCUACUGAGGAUCAUAGGAAUGUGCCCUAAAUAUGGUAGGCAGAGUCCAAUAUUGUCACAGAGAGACUUUCCUGGUGCUCUUGUUAUGAUCUUUUGGGUGCUAAGUAAAAAUAAUAAUAAUAAUAAAAAUUAUCUGUACAAGCCUUUUUUAAAAAUCAGGCUCUCAAAGUCAGACUUGUAAUUUGCUGUACAUUUGUGCUGCUGUCUUGGUUUUAUAUUUUCCCCCACUCUACUGGUAAAAAUAAUUUUAUGCAGCAACUAAUUGUUUUUGACUUUUUAAAAUAUUGCAUUGUCUUCUUUUUGUGAGCAGCCUGGAGAACAUGGGUGGCUUACAUAGAUGCUAGGUAGUAUGCAAUGCUACUACAGCGGUACCUUGGUUCUCAAACAAUCCGUUCCGGGAGUCCGUUCAAAAAUCAAGGUGCGGCUUCUCAUUGGCUGUAGGAGCUUCCUGCAGUCAGGUGGAAGGUGCGUCGGACAUUCGGCUUCCAAAAAACGUUUGCAAACUAGAACACUUACUUCCAGGUUUGCGGCGUUUGGGAGCUAAAACGUAUGAGUACCAAGGCGUUUGAGAACCAAGGUACCACUGUAGUCCUAUCCCUGAGUGCUGCAUUCAUGCUAGAGCCAGAUGUUUGCAUAUGUGAAUUCUGAUACAAGGUUUUUUUUUAAAUAAAAAUAAAAAUGAAGAAAUUUAUAUGCUGCCCAAUUAAGUUUUAAAAGCCAAUUACUGUAUUACGUUUCUACAAUUGCAGGUCAAUCUUAAUCAUAUGAAAUAUUUCCUAAUGUCACUAGAGGGCAAUAUAUUUGUUACAUUGUGGGGUGGGGUGGGGGUCAUUGUAAUAUCCAAAGGAAAUGCUGCACCUGAAACCAAAUGAAAGAAGCAGAUAAAAUUGUGAGAAAUCAGGCACACUAUGCAUCUGGUUACAAUUUACCAAACCCUUUUUGUUUUACUCGGAUUUGUACUUGUAAAAAAACCUUUCUUCCCACAAACUUUUCCCCCUGGUAACAAACAGUUACCCCCUUGGUAACUGCUACAUUUAGUGGAAUGUUAAUGUUUUUGUUAAGUUUGCCAAUAUGGAUUUCAUAUGCUGUGUUUGGUAGAGUUUUGUUAUGCUGUGUAUUUUUGCUGUUUUUUGUCACCUACAGCAAAAGGGAAUUGAAUAUAUGGAGAAGAUUAUCAACUCCAGUUCCCCUAAAGCAAGACAUUUGAAGUUUGCUGCUGCCUACAACCUUGGAAGAGCUUGCUACGAAGGAUGUGGAAUUGAGAUUUCAGAGAAAGAUGCUGAACGGUAACCUUCACGAGACACCUGUGUGAUGUGGAUGCACUUUUGAGAAAGGUCACAUGCGUUAAUGCCCCUUUCACGCACGCACGCACGCAUCAGUCUUUGCCUCGUCACACCACAUAGCUAUUUUACUGGUAGGAAAUGUGCAUUUUCUCAGCACGGAGACGAGGGCUCAGUCUGCCAUUUUUCCAGGUUCCCACUUCAUUGUAAUUGCAUCUGGACACUGCAAUAUAGAACAGCCCUAAAGCAGGAGUGGAGAACCUUUGUUGUUGUUGUUUUUCACUUGUCAAAGCCAGUAUUCACUUAGGAGUAAUCUGUCAGGUGCCACUGGUGGGCAGGGACAGAGCCUCUUCAUCCGUGCAUGCUAUCACCUUUUAAAAUACAUUUCAUUCCCUUCUCCAUCACCUCCACAUAAUGGGUUUGGCUGCCAAGAGAUGGAACAACAGAUUAAUUUUGCCAGAGGUCUGAGCAGAUAACUUACAGAGCGCUUUUUAACUCUCCACCUUCCAUUGCUUCAUCUGUCAUGGGCUGGAUCUAGACACAUCAAAGAAGCAUUUCAGUUUAAAGCAUUGUAAAUUUAAACAGGGAAAACAGGUAGAGAAAAACGGGACUCCACGUCGCUAUUGUGACACAAUGUUGUAUCGCACAUAAAGGUAAAGGGACCCCUGACCAUUAGGUCCAGUUGCGUACGACUCUGGGGUUGCGGCGCUCAUCUCGCUUUAUUGGCCGAGGGAGCUGGCAUACAGCUUUGGGAUCAUGUGGCCAGCAUGACUAAGCUGCUUCUGGCGAACCAGAGCAGCGCACGGGAACGCCGUUUACCUUCCCGCCGGAGCAGUACCUAUUUAUCUACUUGCACUCUGAUGUGCUUUUGAACUGCUAGGUUGGCAGGAGCAGGGACCAAGCAACGGGAGCUCACCCCGUCGCGGGGAUUUGAACCGCCGACCUUCUGAUCAGCAAGCCCUAGGCUGCGGUUUAACCCACAGCGCCACCCGCAUCCCAUAUCACACAUACAAUGCACAUAAAUCGCUUUUUCUUUACCAGUCUAGCUCUUUCCAUUGCUUCUCCCUUUCCCUUUAUUCUAGCCAUGGGUUACCUAUACCUGUUUUAAGAGGAACAGGCCAACCAUGCCACUCAUGUUUUCCUAUGUCUUCCAGUUUAUGGUUUAUUGCUGCAGACCACGGGAACCCAAAAGCAAGUGUAAAGGCUCAAACAGCCCUUGGGAUGCUGUAUUCAGCAAAGCAUCGAAAGGAUCUGAAAAAGGUACGUGUCCUGCUUUGGCUUACAUCACAAAUCUUGAUUCAGGUGUGCUGUCCAGUUAAAUGAGGCUGUUGUGAUUUAGAUGUGGCAAGAAUCAAGGGAGUAGUACAAAAUACUUGUGCAUCCACAACUGGUUUGCAAUGAAAGGCUGCCAAGCAAUUUAAGGCGUUUCUUAAGUACCUGAUGCCUUUUGAGAUGCAGCACUUUUUGCCAGGGGGGAGAAAGUUUUACAGCAGCACUGACCCUAAUCUGCUUGUAGCUGUAGGCAACUAGGCAUGUGUAAGAGCUAUUGCAGGGGUCAGCAAACUUUUUCAGCAGGGGGCCAGUCCACUGUCCCUCAGACCUUGUGGGGUCUAUAUAUUUUUUUUUGGGGGGGGGGGAUGAACGAAUUCCUAUGCCCCACAAAUAACCCAGAGAUGCAUUUUAAAUAAAAGCACACAUUCUACUCAUGUAGAAACACCAGGCAGGCCCCACAAAUAACCCAGAGCUGCAUUUUAAAUAAAAGGGCACAUUCUACUCAUGUAGAAACACACUGAUUCCCAUACUGUAUGCAGGCUGGAUUUAGAAGGCGAUUGGGCCGGAUUCGGCCCCUGGGCCUUAGUUUGCCUACCCAUGAGCUAGUGGCUCUCUGUGAAGCUACAUCUCCAUUUGCAUCAAAAGAUGAUCCAGCCAUUAUGACACUGAUGAGAACAGUAUCCAGCUGCACGUUUGCAGUGCAUGUAGAAGACUGGUUGUACAGGCAAAUCCUUCUUGCUUGAUUGAGAAAAAAAAUACCUAUUAUCUUUUCUCUAUGUGAAUAGGGUCUCCCCUCAAACAUGCUUGGUAUAUUAAACCAUUUAGAAGAGCUAGCUUUUACUACCUUUCAGAAUAAACUAAGAGACACAGUAGCCUUUCACCUUAUCUGAAUUUAGGGUACCGGAUACCCAUAUCACUUAUGAUCGUUGCCACUGCAAGAAGUGAAAUGUGUGGUUCCCCCCCCCCCCCAGCCAUUUGCGUCCCUGAGUUUUCAAGCAAAACACACUUCCCCCAUUUAAACCAAAUAUUCUUGCCUUAGCUUUCAAAUACCCAGGAGAAAGAAGGAUCCAAUUUGCAGCAAUAUAAACUCAAAUAAUUCCCCCCCCCCCAAGAAACUGAGCCACAGCAAUUAUGAGAAUAGUUUAAUGUACUGUUGUAUACUACCCUGCAAUCGGUGGAUGAAGGGCAGUGUAGAAAUAAAAUGAAGAUGAUAGCAGCACUACAAAGAAAAAGAAUGAAGUUGUACGCUGGCAAAAGCAAAAUUCACUUUCGACCCUUUGACAUUUGUGGCCAGGUUUGCGUAAUGAAACACUAAUGAGCUGCGUGGGUUGGCACAUCAGACUUGAAUCUCAUGAUAACAGCAUUAGUCAUUUGAAGGAAGGCUUGAACAUCCUGGGGUAAUUUAACAACCAGUCUUUUCUUAAUGCCAUGAGCUCAACAUUUCAAAAAACAAGAAGCCAUUAAAUAUCAGAGAAGUUCUGCAUUUAUAACUAAGCAAAACAUCUGGCAGGCUGUAAAUAGAAACAUUGGCUUGCUCUUUUUAAAAGACUGUGUUCUAAGAUUAAGUGCUCAAACACACUUCCACUUGUCCCACUGCUUUCCCCCAGGAAAACGUGCUGUUUACUGCUGAAUCAGAACAAAACGUCAAUUGGGUUUUCUGCGGAUCAACAUUUGUUCCGAUUCAACAGCAAGUUUUCCUAGGGAAAGCAGCAGGGCAGACAAAGAACCUCUCGUACCAAUGCCUAUCAAGCACAGGGCAAGCAGAAGUCUGGUGGACAAUCCCCAAGAGUCUAUAUUGCAGUUGGUAGCUGCCCAUACACUACGUCAGAAGUGCUGGCGUGUUCACUACCAUUUUCACUGCCAUUUAUGCAUAUGCCUAAAUUGGUAAUCGCCAACAUUGUUGGGACCGUGAACAAGCGUGAGAAACUGUCACGGGCACCACAUAUAAACUCUGCAACCAAGGCCACACCACAACCUGUUCUAUGGGCUGCAACAGAAUGUUUCUUUCAAGCCUGAUUUCAGCCAGGGCAGGGGACCCCGUAGGCGUCAGCAAAAGCCCCUGUGGGAACCACAUUGGUAUCCCCUAGUCUAUGUAAUCCUGCCAACCUAGCAGUUCCUGCCAACCUAGCAGUUCGAAAGCACGUUAAAGUGCAAGUAGAUAAAUAGGUACCGCUCCGGCGGGAAGGUAAGCGGUGUUUCCGUGCGCUGCUCUGGUUUCGCCAUAAGCAGCUUAGUCAUGCUGGCCACAUGACCCAGAAAAACUGUCUGUGGGCAAACAUCGGCUCCCUCAGCCAGUAAAGCGAGAUGAGCGUCACAACCCCAGUCGUUUGCGACUGGACUUAACUGUCAGGGGUCCUUUACCUUUUUUAGGCUAUGUAAUAAGAGAGCCCUCAAAUCAGUUGGUUAAAGUGCCAAUAACAUGUAAUUUAAUGGCCAUUAUAUUAUGCUGAUUACAAGUCUACAUCUCUGCCUAGCCAGUGAGGCUGCUCAUAAGCGUAUUUUGUACAGUACCCAUUCAACCAUGUUGCCACUAUAUAUGUUUCAAAAUCCCAUUCUUUCUCCUACAGGCCUUCUUUUGGCAUUCAGAAGCUUGUGGAAAUGGGAGCCUGGAAUCACAGGGCAUCCUUGGUCUUAUGUAUUUUUAUGGGCACGGUGUACGUCCAAAUUUAAAAGCUGCUCUGGAGUGCCUGACUGCAGCCUCAGAUCGUGGGAAUGUCUAUGCUAAAGGUCACUUGGUGGAAUAUUACUACAAAAGGAAAUUUUUUACAAAAGCAGCCGACUUUGCCAAAAGGUAAAUUAAUUCAUUAGUAAUUCAAGUGGAAGCUAAUGAUGAAAACAAAGGCAUUAUUAGAUCAGUUCCCAAAGAACAGAUACAUAGAAAUAUGGUACCUUUUAAUUUUUGUGUUGCUGAUCUUAAAAAAACAAUUCUGCUUGUUGGAACUAAAUUUCCUCUCUGCUUGACUCUCCUUGCUUUCUCCAGCAAAAGGGAAAGACAGUGGGGGGGGGGGAGAGAGAGAGAAUCAGUUUUAUGUUUUGCCCUUAAUAUCCACUAAAUUCAGGAUACUAGAUUUUAAGUGGGAGGAACACAUGAGUUUACCCAGGAAAGGCAUAAUUAUCUAGUUCAUAUCUGGUGAGGCAUGGUGGUAGGACAAUUUUCUUCAUGUCACUAUUCAAUAAAGACUUAUUUUACUUUCCAGAUUGCAUGUUCAAGUGCUAAUCUUCUAGCUCAAGGGUUUUUUCAGCAAUACAUCCAGCUUCAGUUUUAAAGCACUUGGAUGGCAUUUGAGAAUGGAGAAAUGAUUCAGCACUCUCAUUUUUGCCUUAAUGGUUUUGCUAAAUGAUGUCCUAGAACUUUGGGAAAUAGCUACCAUUCCACUUGUUCCUACCUGGUUUGUGACAAGAAUGAUACAUCUAACCUUUUGCCUAAUGGUGCCUGUCUAAGCAUGCUCACUCAGAAGCAAGGCUCACUAUGUUCAGUGGGGCUUACAUCUAGGAAAGUGUACAUGGGUUUGCAGCCUAUAUCUGACAUUUCUGGGAAGAGUCUGACUCUGGAGACGAGGGAAUGCAGUCACAGACUGAGCAGGAGUGGGUUAGUUCGGCUCCCCUUCAUCAAGAGUUCCCAGACUCAGAUAGAGCAGCAGAUUCAGAAGGCUUGCAGGCAGAGAGAAGGGAGGAGUAGGUGACAUUGAGGGGAUUGCUAUGCAACCAGGAGGGAGGCAGCGUUUAGAGGACUCUUCUUUUGAGGGAGGGGGGAGUCCACCCACCUUGUCCCCGAACCAGAAGAGCUGAAAGUAUAAGAGAGGAAGGACUGGACUAUGGCACCCUUCAUGCUGCGAAAGGGUGACCAACUCGUAGCUAAGAGCGGCAGGCUCGGAGAUGCUCUCUGGGUGUUAAUUGUAAAUAAACAUACCAUAAAACUGCCAGAGACUCAUUAAUUCUUAUUGGAGCUUGCUUGCUUGCCUGCCUGAGAUCAUUACAACAAGUCACUAUACUACUGUGAAAUCUUUGGGCCAAAUUCAACAUUACAUUAUUCACAUUGCCUGGCCUUGUACAGCUGAUUUCAUUUUUUGUUUAACCCAGUAGGGGCUGUGUCCCAACUUGCUCUGCUCACCAUUCCUCCACAUUUACUCCAAGUGGUUUCCCCUUCCCACCCCAUGCAACUACUAAGCCUGGUUUUCACCACCACAACCCCAUUUCUGAAGCCACUUAUCUAUUCCUUUCCGCAGCCCUGCUCUGCACCUGGUUUUGCCUUCACUGCCAUGUCCAUUUGUGGGCUCUGCGUCCUUUUUCUCUCACACAGGAGACAGCUGAAGAAUGGAAGAGGGAGAUGUUUGAGUACAAUGAGAAGGGAGGGACCCUGAGAAGAGAGAACAUGCUGGUGUUCUGGGAAGGGAGAGCAGGGAGGAAGCCCCCAAUUAGGACUGGUACCAUAGUAGGGGGGAAGCCUUAUUUCCUUCUAACCUCCAGCAUGCUCUCAGUCUGGAUCACCACCUUCCCAUGUCAGUUAUUUGUUUAACACACAGCCAGACAAUUUGAACACCAUCGUGUCUGUAAGUUGCCUUGAGUCCCAUCAGGGGAAAAGGCGGGGUAUUAUAAUAAUAAUAAUAAUAAUAAUAAUAAUAAUAAUAAUAAUAAUAUCAUCUAGUCUGGCCCUUAAUUCUCCCAACUUAUAAUGAUUAGCUUGCUUUGCUAUGAGAUCACAACAAACUUCUAAUCUCCCACCUCCUUCUGACAGCAGCAGCAAUGCCAGCUUUUGCAGACCCUUCUCGUUCUAAUGUUGUUUUGACCAAGAGCAAAAGGCUCUUAGUAUUUAACGUCCCCUCCAUUUUUCCUGAAAACAGCAACAAAAGCCCUAUCAACACGCUUUUCACAUUCAGGCAAAUGAGAAUCAGAAGACAAGAUGCGUGGGGGCAGGGACUAUGACACAAGCCUGUCUCUGUUGCUGUUUCACAAGGAAUAUGGCUUUAACGACCCUUUGCUUGUCUCUUGGUUCAUUUGCAAAAAGUGGAGAAGGGGCAUGAGGAUUUUAGCACAAAAAUGCACCAACUAUACAAGUUAUUCCUGCUUCUUCCCUUAAACAUCAACAUGUAACGACGCUGUCAUGCUGAAGUUUGCGUGGCUGCUGGUAGGCCGCCACACCAACUCCAGUAUUUAAUAAAUAAAAAUAAAAACAAAUAAACAGGGCAAACAACAGGCAGGCGGGUGAGCAAACAAGCAGUGCAGUGGCAGGCAGCCCUGACAAAUUUAUUUAAUGGAGGGGGGAGGCGCAUCAGAGAGCUGUUUAGCAAGGCACUCUGAAGUACUUCCCUCCAGCUGUGUUAGCAUUCCAGAAAACUGCUCUUUAAAGCACCUCCCCAUUGCUUUAAAAGGGGUUAGCAGAAGGUGGGAGUAGAGAGGUGCUUUGUGCUAGCUGUGACUGCUGCGGAGGGAUAGCAAAGGGGUGGGUGAGGUGUAAAGUGAGAGGUUUGAUCAGAUGUGGAGGAAGAACAGUUGGCAAAGUCGUAAUGGCGGCCCCCCAGGGUUCUGAGAAUAACUAAACUUUUACUUUGUAUUGUGAAUCCAAACAGGACUGCAGAAAAUGAUGACGUUGAAAAGUUAGCAAAGGCAACAGACUGCAUUCCUUUUUAUAUAAAGAGAGGGCUUGCUAUGGCUUCCUUCUACUUGGCUAGAUGUCUCCAGUUUGGCCUAGGAACACAACAAGAUUUAGCAGCAGCUAAAAAUUAUUAUUCUAAGGUAAGUUGCUUUAACUCUGUUAGCUCUUUGAGGCGACAUUAUUUGGAUUGUCAUUCGAAAUACUUUUUUUAAAAAGUGUGUGUCCUCGUAGCUUUGUAAUGUAAGCUUUAUAUAAUACAAUGAAGGUAUAAAGUUCAUUUGCAAUUAUGGUCACUCUAAUUCAUCUUUGUGUUUAUAGGCAUGCAGGCUGGAUCCCGAUCUGGCUUCUGAACUUGAGCUACUGGCUAAUCAUGGGAGAAUUUAGAGCAUCGUUUUGAUGAAUCUGAGCAAGUUCCGGCAGUUUUGUCUGUAUAACGACAAAUGUCAGUUGUCGUUCAGCUUUUGAUAAAUCAUGGUUAUUAUUGCAAGCAUUUUAGGCACAUAAUGUUCUGAUUAUCUUCAUCUAAAAGAAAAGCAUUGUAUGAGUUACUUUCAGUGUUACGUAACCAUCAAGUUUUGGUCAACGUGCAUUAAGUUCAGAACUGUAGCUCUGUUACCUGGUAUCAGGGCGGGGUGCAGGACUGUCUCUCGCCGUUUCUGACAAUUCGCCAUGCUGACUGGGGCUGAUGGAAUCCAACAGCAUUAGGAAGGCUGUCCAACCCUAGUUUACUUAAUAAAAACUGCAUCGUUAAAUGCCUUUUUCAUUGCCUACAAAUACUGAAAAGUUUUCAAGGCCAGCUUAUUAAAUACCCCUCAAUUCUUAGAUAAUUUUUCUUAUUUCAGUCAUCAGUUGCAGCAAAAGAAUACUGUAAUUAAACAACUGAAACAUCUUUUAUAUAUAAAACUUUGCUGAAAAGUCCCAUAUCAGACCUUUCUAGUAUUGCUGAACAAUAGCACACCCUGGAGAUGCUGAAGCUUUACAAUUUAGUCACCGUCUGUUUGUCAAGACAUGCCUCUUGGGCAGCUGCAUGAAGCUGGUGAGCACUAAACCCUCUGCCCUGUGUAGGUUGGUACAUUGCAGAAUCAAAGUAAACCAUGAGCUCAGGCAUGUGGAGCUGAUCACUGACACACUGUGACACGUUGUGUGCAUUUGAAAUUGUACCAUAAAAGUCCCUUGCUACUCAAAAAGCUAUCGCGCAUUUUUCAAGGCAGUAGUGGCUAUGUUUUGAGCUGGGAAAGGAUUGAGGCACCCACUCAUGGAAAAGCAAAGUGGCUGUGCUGUGGCAUUUUUCUUUAGGAACAAGGAAUUGAAAAGGGAUGUUUUCUCCAUCUGUUAAGGUGUGGGAGACCCAAAAGCUUUUUGGGCCCAUUCAGGCUUUGGAAAUACCAUCACAUUUCCUAGCUGAACUAAAUUAAGUUUCAGAAAAUUCAAAAAGCAGGAAUCUCCAGCAGUGAAUUGGCAAGCUUCGCAUUAAAUCCAGUUGUUCUUUUACCAGUGCUUUAAAAAGAGCCACAUUUAGGGAAAUAGCUAUAUAAAUGAUAUCAAGAGAGGAUGAAAGGUUUAAGUCAACAGGUUAUUAGUAUAAUGGUUUAUGCAAUGAAUGCCAAGUCAUACAUUCAUGUGAUUUAUGACAACAUGAAAUCUAUGUUCUGCACCUUGCAGAAUCAGUGCAAUUCUCUCUGAAAGCAGCACUUUGACCCACUGAAAGUGUAGCUUAAUUAUGAAACACUACAGUUCAUUUUUGUUAUUUAUUGCUUACAAAGGCUCCAAACUAUGGGAAAUCUUUGGUAAAAAUAAAAACAAUAAAAUUUACACAAUAUCUUUACAUAUAUUGCACAACAAGGCUCUUCAAUACAACAAGAAAAUAGAGGAAUGUUCAUUAUCCUCAGCAAGGAAAUUAACUGUACAACAUUCAUUGGUAUACCACUAAAGCAAAAUGCCUUUCAUAAAUGUUUUAAAAUACUCUAUAGUUCUUAUACCUUAUAUUAACAUUUACAUUUCAAUCUGCAUCUUAAACAGAAUUAUUCAUGUAACAAGUUAAAUAAAAGCCAGAAACUACGCAGUGCUGGCAUUCUACCGUAUCGUCAGUUCUUUCAAGUCUUGUUUGCUCCAUGUAGAAUGUAAAAAGAAAAGAAAAAUACAAAUUUGCAGUAGUCCUCAGCCAGCCCUCUGUGGAAAAGAGGGAAAUAAGUUACAUGUCUGCUUUUAAGAACAGACAUGUCUCUAGUAAUUCACUUGUGCAGAUUCAAACCUGAGCUGCUUUAAGCUGCUCUAAAUGAGUUCGCAACUCAGGACACAGUUCAAUUAGCAGCAAUUCCAAUAACACCUGGAAAAGAAGAGAGAUUAAAAGUGUUUUCCCCCUCUUUCUGAACCGGUAAUUACAAACGUGGAUAGCAAGUCAUUAAUAGGUGCAGAGAUCAAGCCCACACACCCUGCCCCCAAGGGCUACCACAUGGACCCCACAGUGGUCAAUUCAGGAACAAGAGGCAUACAUGGAAGGAAGCAAUUACUGUAAAGUCCACAGAUUAUUGUGGGGCCCUUUACGCAGAGUGGCUGUCCAGUAAAAGCCUUUUCUAAGGUAUUAUACCUGGUUCCACAAGAUCUCGCUGGAAGCUGCCACGCAACUCCGGCGGUGGGCAGGGCACAGCCCCAUGAGAUUCCACCACACCAGGUGGCUGCUUCAGGCUGCCUCAUGGGUGGGCUUGGCCCUGUCUGGAAGGCUACAGGUUGUCCACUAUGUACUAUGGUUCAUUGGUUGCUUUUUAAAAAAACAAUUUGCACAUCUGACAGUUGUAGAACCACACAUGGAAAAAUGCUCUUGGUAGCUCUCUGGGGAGGACCAAAUCCUUAUUAUUCAUCAAUGUUUACUGGCACAUACAGGGCUCUGCACAGAUUUUCACAUACCUACGAAGACCUCAAGGAUUAGUAAAUUUAUCAGGUUUAGAUUAUCCCUCUUCCUCCCAGUCUAAACCAAAAUCUCAAGGCACAGACCUUCAAGGGGAUUUUAUCUCCCAAAUUCCACAUUUCCCUCAGUGGAUCUCGCCCAUCCCUGGUUAAAACAAAUUCUGCAGAUAAUUCUAAAAGGUUAGAGGAUAAAACAGCUACUGUUGCAGGCCAAAGGGUAAAUGCCAGAAACUAACACCAAAAAUCCAAAUUCUGAGGUCUGAAGGAAGAGUAAUUUUAAGUAACAAACCCAUGCAAUAAUGUGCUGGUAACUCACAUAAAGAAGAUGCUUAUUGGCCUUGGUUUCUUGAAGUGCAUUGAAGACUUUGAUUACACCAUGGCGAGCAUUUUGCUGACCAACGAGAUUCUGUAGUGUAUCUGGAAGAAAAGAUAUUUAAUUUUGGUGACGUAUCUGCUAAUGUGUUUUAAGAAAUUCCAAUGAAUUAAAUAUAUAUAUGCAAUGAGC